UGGUUAAGUGUGUCAGUAUUUCACUACUGGUUAAGUGUGUCAGUAUUUCACUACUGGUUAAGUGUGUCAGUAUCUCACUAGUGGUUAAGUGUGUCAGUAUCUCACUAGUGGUUAAGUGUGUCAGUAUCUCACUAGUGGUUAAGUGUGUCAGUAUCUCACUAGUGGUUAAGUGUGUCAGUAUCUCACUAGUGGUUAAGUGUGUGAGUAUCUCACUAGUGGUUAAGUGUGUCAGUAUAUCAAUAGUGGUUAAGUGUAUGAGUAUAUCACUAGUGGUUACGUGUGUGAGUAUAUCACUAAUGGUUAAGU